AUCAAAUCGGCCAUCAGCGUCUCCACUUAACUCACCUCACCUUCCUCCUCCUCCUCCUCCUCCUCCUCCUCCACCUACCCCAAUCCAAUUCCCAUACCCGCCUCUUCCGUCCCCACUCUGUCAGCUGCCCCAUUUCUUGAUAUUCAGUGUUCUAUAAUUGAUUCUUGCUGUUCGUUUAGCUGGGCAUAUGGAGAUCAUGGAUUUCGUGGAAUCCCUCGACAUUCAGAUCAUUCUGGGGGUGGCGGUCGCCCUCGUCGCCAUUGGAGCUGCCGCUGCCUUUCUCAAGUCCAACAAGAAGCCCAAAGGUGUCUUGGACCCAGAAAAUUUCAAGGAGUUUAAGCUCGUAAAAUGCACGCAGUUGAGCCACAAUGUUGCAAAGUUCACAUUUGAACUUCCAACGCCUACUUCAGUUUUGGGCCUUCCAAUUGGUCAGCAUAUCAGUUGCAGGGGCAAGGAUAGCCAAGGCGAAGAGGUUAUCAAACCAUACACUCCCACCACCUUGGACUCUGAUGUUGGGUACUUUGAAUUAGUUAUUAAGAUGUAUCCACAAGGAAGAAUGUCACACCAUUUCCGUGAGAUGCGUGUGGGCGAUUAUCUUUCUGUAAAGGGACCGAAGGGACGUUUCAGGUAUCAAUCUGGCCAAGUCAGAGUAUUCGGAAUGCUUGCUGGAGGAUCUGGCAUCACACCAAUGUUCCAGGUUGCUCGGGCUAUUCUGGAGAAUCCAAAGGACAAGACAAAGGUGCACCUCAUUUAUGCCAAUGUUACUUAUGAGGACAUCCUCUUAAAGGAAGAAUUGGAAGGCCUUGCCACUAAUUAUCCCGAUCAGUUCAAAGUGUACUAUGUACUGAAUCAGCCUCCUGAGGUUUGGGAUGGUGGAGUUGGAUUCGUGUCGAAGGAAAUGAUUCAGAUGCACUGCCCUGCUCCAGGGCCUGGGGUUCAGAUUCUCAGAUGCGGUCCACCUCCAAUGAACAAGGCCAUGGGUGCUCAUCUUGAAGCCCUUGGAUAUGCUCCUGAGAUGCAGUUCCAAUUCUAAGCGCUGCGAUUUUUGUUUGUCACUUCCUGGGGAUUGAAAUCCCUGUGUGUAACCCACGAGUAAGGGAGCGAGUAAGAUCACAGACAUUCUUGCGUCUAAUUUGAGAUGGAAACUGUCAUGAGUUGGUUCAAGCAGCAAUGACACGUGAUAAUGUAAGGAUUGAAUUUGCCGGUGAUUUUCGGCUGUUUCGUUAAAUCGCCUUUAGAAACCUCAUGCAGUAUUUUCUUUGAGUGUGUCUA